AUGGCAUCGGACGAGGACGCACUAGCUUUGUUAGCCCUCGCGUUAAUUAUGAAAAAAAAAGAAACAAAACCAGUGAAAAGGGAACGAAAAAAGUGGUAUUUUAAAAACUAUGUCAGAAUGGACGAAAAAACAUACCUUGAAUUACUUUCAAUGGUGACUCCUAUGAUAAAAAAAGAAGACACUGUUAUGAGAAAAAGUAUUUCUGCGCACGAAAGAUUAUCAGUUACUUUGAGGUUCCUCGCUACCGGUAGAAGUUAUGAGGACCUUAAAUUUUCUUCAGUUAUUUCACCUCAAGCGCUCGGGAAAAUUAUUCCUGAAAUAUGUCAGGCCUUGUAUCAAGUUCUAAGAAAAGAUUAUCUGAAGUUUCCUACAUCUGAAGAAGAAUGGAAAGGCGUAGCAAAGAUGUAUGAAGAAAGAUGGAACUUCCCUCAUUGUCUUGGUGCAAUAGAUGGGAAGCACAUAGCUAUUGUUCCACCGGCUAAUAGUGGAUCGUAUUAUUUUAAUUAUAAAGGACAUCAUAGUUUAGUUCUUAUGGCAAUUGUUAAUGCAAAAUAUCAAUUCAUGUACAUCGAUGUUGGCAUGAAUGGUAGAAUGUCUGAUGGAGGGGUACUACAAAAUACUGUAUUUUUUGAAAAAUUAGAAAAUGGUGAAUUACAUAUACCAAGCAGUGAAACGUUAACAGGAACCAACCGAAAUUUGCCAUAUGUGUUUGUGGCAGACGAUGCGUUUCCAUUACGCCCCGAUAUGAUAAAACCGUUUAGGCAAGCCAAUUUAACAUCGCAUGAAAGAAAAAUUCUAAAUUACAGAUUAUCUCGCGCCAGACGCGUAGUAGAAAACGCUUUUGGAAUAAUGGCAUCACGAUUUCGGAUAUUUUAUACUCAUAUAAAUUUAGAACCCGAAAAUAUCGAUAAAGUAGUUAAAGCUUCUUGUGUAUUACAUAACUUUUUAAUUGAACGCUCAAAAAGAUCUUAUGCACCUCAAGAAUGUUUCUAUCGAGAAAAUUCGGAGAGUGGGAAUAUAAUUUCUGAAGGAUAUAAUACACAGAAUAGUACAAUGGAAAACUUGGAAAGAAGAAACCCAGGAAAUACUUUGAACACCGCGAAGAUUGUCCGAGAAAAUUUUAUGAAUUAUUUUAAUGAAGAGGGAACAGUACCAUGGCAAGAUAAUUAUGUUACUUAA